CGCGCGGGGGCUUGUGGGUCCUUCCGCAGGGCUUCGCUCUUUCGCUCGGGCCCGCGCUGCCGGCAGGAUGGGUAAGUGCCGCGGCCUCCGUACUGCCCGCAAGCUCCGCAGCCACCGGCGGGAUCAGAAGUGGCAUGACAAGCAGUACAAGAAGGCGCACUUGGGCACGGCGCUGAAGGCCAACCCGUUCGGGGGCGCCUCCCACGCCAAGGGCAUCGUGCUGGAGAAAGUUGGUGUUGAGGCUAAACAGCCAAAUUCUGCUAUUAGGAAGUGCGUCCGUGUUCAGCUGAUCAAGAACGGCAAAAAAAUCACAGCCUUUGUACCCAAUGAUGGCUGCUUGAACUUCAUUGAGGAAAACGAUGAAGUUCUGGUUGCUGGAUUUGGUCGCAAAGGGCAUGCUGUUGGUGACAUUCCCGGAGUCCGUUUUAAGGUUGUCAAAGUAGCCAACGUGUCUCUCUUGGCCUUAUACAAAGGCAAGAAGGAAAGACCAAGAUCAUAAGUUUUGAUGAUGAAAGCACAGUAGUAAUAAAUUUUCAUAUACUCAGAAA